AGUCACGUUAAAUAAAAAAUGCGCGUAGCGUCGUAGUGUUAUCGCAGCUUGUGCUUAUCAGAAAAGUCAGCGCUCAGACAGCAUGUCUCCUCUAACGCGCGAAAACCACCCGACAACAUGGAACUGAUACGACAUGUGAAAGCCGUCAAGCGAACGCGGAUAUGCCCUGCUCUGCUUUAGUUCCCUUGUUUAUCUGCUGUGCACAUGGUGUAAAUGGGCCAUUAGCAUGUGACAACAGCCAAGCGUUCAUCAGAGAGCGCAGAGCUAUCACGAAUGACGGGAACUUUUCGCGCCCUGAAUUGACAGCCAUUGUGUGAUGCUUGUACUCGUGAGUGGUCGGGCUCCGGUUGCCCGUUGAGUAUGCCGUAAUUCAAGAUGGACGGAGACCCAGUGUAAACAUUACGACAGUUCCUUGAGUUGUUUAUUCAAGGUUAUUACAUUCUUGUAUCGGCUUGCCCCCCGAGAUUAAGAACUGCCACAAAUAGACAGCAAGUCGCCUCAACGCCACAAAAACCCGAGCCAUUCGCAAGAGCUGCCGUGAUUGCAUGGGAAGACUGAAGACGUUCCCUUGUUUACUGUAAGCAGCUUUUGGUUUAGCCUUAAGCAAGCUCGGACUUCCGUUAACAAUGGCAGAGGGACGAGAAGUUCCAAUCUGAUAAGACAACUAUGAAGGGCAAGUUAAUUACUCGGGAGAGGGAAACCUUAACCAGAGCAGUCUCGACUGCCAAGAUCUAAGAGAUUAUUACGACAUUCUUCUAGCCCAAACUUCGCGUCGACACAUUCAAACGGAGAACGCGUACAGCACGACAGUCUUGGAAGACCUCCUGAAAGCAAAGUGGUCAAAAGGCUUCCUUAGCCCUCUCGACAUACGAAACAAAACAAACAGGUUACGACAGUAAGGUACAUAGAGAGCGGAGAGCACUCGUUGCUAAAUGGAGGGCAGCGAGGAUGGUGGAAUUGUUAGCUCGUCCUUGAAUGGGACGAGUCUAGCGUACACAGUGUCGGCGAAUGAGGAGGGGAUGCCGGACUAUGCCACGGCAGAGAUUACUCUACCGCUGUACACGAUCUUCAUGCUCGUACUCUAUACCGUCAUAUUCAUCAUCGGCUUUUUCGGCAACUGCAUCGUGAUCUACGGAGUAAUGCAGCAAGGAGCUAACAAGACAACCAGCAGUUUCUUCAUAGCGAAUCUAGCAUUAAGUGAUCUUGCCGUACUGGUGCUAAGUUUGCCUGUUGGGUUAUUACAGGAAUUAGCUUCCUGGCCGUUUGGUGAAAUGGCCUGUAAAAUAUUCUUUCCGCUGGGGGACGUUUUUCUCAUGGUUUCUAUUAUGACUCUGACAAUCAUAAGUCUUGAUCGACUUCGCGCUGUUGUUACACCAAAAAAACGCUUUACAAAAGGCCAGGCCAAAGUGGCGAUUAUAGUCAUUUGGCUUCUAUCCUAUCUCAUCUGUGGCCUUCCAAUGUCUUUCUUACUAAAGCUUAUUACGUUAGAAACAGGCGUGAAGAUUUGCUACCCGUACUGGCCUAACACACUGCAUCGGAGAGUGCACAUGAUGGCAAUAAGUCUACUCGUGACUAUUCCGCUGUUCAUUAUCGCGUACUCGUACAGCAUGAUUGUUUCCACGCUCUGGAAGGUACGCAUCAUACAUAAGAACGUUAUAGGGCUGAACAAGGAAUCGUUCGCUCGCCUCAAGCAGAAGCGAAAACUGGUUAAGAUGUUGAUCGUCAUUAUCAUCGCGUUCACUGUCUGCUCGAUGCCGUAUCUGAUCUACGGGCUGUACCUAGAGUUCGCGCAGAAAGAGAGAGAUAAACAAGUAGAGAUCAGUCUAGUUGUUCUCAUUUCUCUAUUGUACACCAACAGUGCCGUCAACCCUUUGAUUCUGUGCGCAAUGAGCAAGGACUAUCGAAAGGGUUUGAGGCCGUGUAAAUGCUAGCCACAGUUUAAUGUUUACCCGUGGUUGUGUUACUCUCGUCUUUCAGCCACGCGUCUCAUGUUACGCCCAGGCUAUAUCACAAAAGACAGCCUUGUGCGGCAUAUACCGCUUACUUCAAACGCACAGAUAAUUCAAAUUAAAUCGAAACUAUUAGUUAGGUUAAUAUUUUUCGAACAGAGUUUGUACAUAAUAUAUUUGAUAUUUGAAGAGGAGUCAGCGCUAUUUGCUAAAAGCUGGGAUAAUUGUUUGAAUUGUAUAUAAAAUAUGGGACACAGAUUGCUCACAUGGGAGCCUUCAUUUUCUCUGUACUAAAACUGUAAAUAAAUUGCAGCUGUUUAGGUAGUUACUCGGAGAUUCGCUUGAUCUCGUGAUGAAAGAAUAAAUGAAAAUGGAACUGAUUUGUUACUGUUCUUUGCUGUACAGCGAAAAAUGAAUAAAUUGUGUAUUUUUCGAGAGAGAUUUUGAAGUGAAUAAAACAUAAGAAAACCAAA